GCGGCGGGGGACAAAUAUAUAUACAUAGAGACCCAGGAUCCGUCCCUUUCAAUGGCUGUCAGGCAUGCAGUAGCAUCAUGAGGUCGAGCCCCCGCAGGCCACUGAUUCUCAAGAGGCGUAAGCUUAGCCUUCCCCGACACGAUGCUGCCGGCGGCGCUGACGCAUCCAACCAAAGUCUGGCCCCCGUGAUGGGCACGAUGAGGUCCGGAGAACAGAGCCAGGCACAGAACCCGGGAGACGGCGUACUCGCCAAACAAAGCGGUGCCCAAGGAGUAGCGGGACCUUCUCGACAGGUCGGUGGUCGCACGUCAGGAGUCCCCGGAGUCUCUCAGCAUGGCAAUACCUGUCAGAUAGGAGCUGUGGGGCCAUCAGACCGUAGCCUGAGCCUUCAGGUUAAUGAUAGAGGACACCCAGCGGACAACCUGAUACAAAAUCCAGUUGCCGAAACGCCUUUAACGCAGAUCUCAGUGGACGCUUUAAAUAUCCCAUCCGAGGUCAAAAUAAUGAGCCACCCCACAACACCAGACACUCAGCUUGUGGUCAUACCGCCUGAAUCUGAUGUUCAGAGUAUCAUUCAUGCCCUGACCGCCCGGGGAAGGACAAGUGGAGGUCCGAACAAGUUUAUCCUCAUCAGCAGUGGAACAACUUUCCAUAACCAGCCAGUGGAUCAAGUCAAGGAGGAAGAACCAAUUCACCUGGAAUCCAUAUGCUCUUCAAAGCAACCGAGUGCUGGAAGCGAUAUCAAAGUAUUUCCUAAAGCUGGGCAUCCGGAAGCAAGCGAGAUGGACAGAAGUCUGUCCAGUAUUCACUGGCUGGGGAAGAUGAGCUCCGACGGUUUGAAUCAGUGCGUCCUUAAGGAGGAACCUGAUGACAAGGAGAACGAAGAACCCGAGUUGGACUUUGAAAAGGUCUCUCCUUCUAUCGCUGCACAGCAGACGGAGGAGAACACAGAAACUCUCCCCCCGCAGAAAUGGCAGGUCUCUGUCUCCGAGCGUCCGCCGUAUUCCUACAUGGCACUUAUCCAGUUCGCAAUCAACAGCACUCCGGGAAAACGCAUGACGCUUAAGGACAUCUACACCUGGAUCGAGGACCAUUUCCCGUACUUCAAAUACGUGGCCAAGCCUGGAUGGAAGAAUUCUAUCCGUCACAAUCUAUCGCUGCACGACAUGUUUGUCAGGGAAACCGCCGCAAACAACAAACUGUCCUAUUGGACCAUCCACCCCCAGGCCAAUCGCUGCUUGACACUCGACCAAGUGUUCAAGGCUUCGAGUCCCGUGUCUCCUCUGUGCUUGGAACCGGAAAAGAAGUUAAUUCCAGAAUUCACAAAGAACAUGCAGAAUGCAGCAGCAGGCAAAGAGAAGAAGAUGAAGCCUCUUUUGCCGCGGAUCAACUCCUAUCUCAUCCCGGUGCAUUUCCCAGUGACACAACCCAUACUGCUUCCAGCAUUGGAGACGUUCUGUGUAGAACCAGGACCUUCUGACGCGCCUUGGAGCAGCAAACGUGUGAAGAUUGCCCCGAAGGUUCCUCUAGAUCAAGAAGAGUGUCCUGUACCUGUAGCACUUCCCAUAAAAGAAGAAGACGAAGAACCGAUGUUGGCCGAGGAAAGUUCCCUACCCGCUAUGCAACACAGGCCGGCGAAUGGAUCUCGGAGGAAGCAGCAGCUGAUCACCCCACGUUCCGAGGAACCAGAGCUGGUCCUUCCCGAAACCAGUGCUUCAGACUCCGGAUUGGACUCUGAAUUCUCCUUUCUGCAAGAAACGCAGAUGCAUGAUGGGACCUCCCAGUUUACUCAGGAAGAAGAGUAUUCUUUUAAGACUCCGAUCAAGGGGAAGCGUUUGGAGCCCCAAACCUCAUCUACACCUAGCAAACUAGUAGAGUCGUGUAACCUGCAGCCCUGGGGGUCCGAAACCCCUCUGCAAAGAGAUCCCUUUCUGGAUUUUAGUCCUGUACGCAUCCCCUGUGGUCCUGCCCUCACCCCCUUCAAGGACAGCAUGGGUGGCCUAAGUUUCGGGGAAACCCCUUUCAAGGACCUUCCAAUCUUUGGCUCACCCCAGGACUUCCUCGGGACGUUGCCUCCUGCCUCCCCGGACCUGGAAAGCAUGUUGAGCUCCACGCCCGCAAGACGACCCAAGCGAUGCUCCAAGGAGCUGCAAGUAGGGGGCUCUGCCAACCGAUCUCUUCUCGAGGGACUGGUGCUGGACACCAAAGACGAGAGCCUGAGCAAGAUUUUACUGGACAUUAGCUUCAGCAGCGUGGAAGAAGACAACGGACUUUGUGCGGACAGCGUGUGGGGGCAAAUUCUCUCCGAGUUCAGAUAGAACGGGGGGGCAUUUUAUGGCGCCUUACGCUGCAAUAAUCAUUCCUUUUUCCUGUAACCAUCACAAAAGAAAGAAGAAA